AUGAAUCGACGCGCUUCCGACACGCGAUGUACCGCAUUGUGCAGUAAGUACUGCGCUGCAUUCCAGAUGCCGACCGAGUACGACCAUGUCCGGGACAUGCAAGAGGACAACGCGGAGCGGGAUGACAUUCUCCGCCGGCGAGCCACGUGGAUGGACACACUCGACACAGCUGGGCUGAAGUCUUUUGCGGCGGGGGUCGUAUUUCUUCGCAAUGAGGCAUUGGACCUUGUUCAAAAGGCCGAGUUGUUCGACGGCGAGGACGACGUGGAACACAGAGGGCGGAACGACACUCUCGCAUCGACUGGCCCCUUGGUAAUCGCAACCGGGGACGGCGAGGAGAUCGUCGACCGCCUCGGAGUCACGCUGUGGGACGGGAAUGACGCUAUCCCGCUGCUUGGCGAGUUCUUCGACGGCCCAUUGAGGACAGUGGGCACUACGAGAGGCCUAGAUGCGCCGCCGCGCACAAGCGACGCAUUUAACGGCGUGUUACUCAAUUUUGAGGACGAAGAAACCGUCAAAUGCCCUGAAUGCGAACAUCAAACAGCGAAACUAUGGCUAUCUGAAGAUUGGCCAGCCAUUGACCUCCCCCUCCGAACGUACAUGCCCGGCCGGCUGAGCGAAAACAUCACCGAGAUGGAGUGGCUCGGCGACAUCACGGCCCUGCCGUCCUUCUCCGCCGCGCGCGUCCUCGCGAGCAUAGCCGCUCCCACAAAAAUGUGCACCGGAUGCCUCGAGACGUUCAUCAAGGAGAACGCCGUGCCUUGGCUGCUCCGCGAGAAGUGCACCGACGCGAGCAGAUGGACGCCUCCACCGGAUUGUCCCGAUGGUUGGGAUUGCGAGGAGCAGACGGAGGUGACGCUGCAUGCGCUGGAAUAUAAUCAUCUGUGCAAGCCGACGAGAACACUUCCGGACUCAUAA